GUUAACAUUGUCCGAAUCUAUCGGUUAGAAUCCUAACUAAAACACCUCCACCUUCCCUUGUCAAUUGGCACCUAAUUUUCCUAACAUUCAGAUCGCAUUUCUACUCGUGCAAGACAAACUUUUGCAACAACCCAAUGUUUUCCCCAAUGUCUUUAUCGACAGCCAAACCCUUCGUUCAUCAAUGGCUUCGUUUCAUCAAAUAGUGAUUUUAUGGGUCUCGUUUCCAUUUUUAUCCGAACACAUUUCUUAGCUUUCAACAACUUUCAAUCAGCCAUUCACCAGCCGCCACCGACGGAAACCACAAUGAUUCCUCGCCGACGUCCAUUAUUAUUCACUCUCGGAACCUUACUCUUAUCAUUCCUGCAAAAAGUUUCAACAAGAUUUCACAUUUUCAGAAACCCAAAAGGAAAAAAUGCGAAGAUCUUGUGUGCAAUCGAACAUCAAAUGCUAACACUAUUAUCAUUUUUUGAUGAUCAUAUCUUGGUAUUCGAAGAUCUAAUCGAAACCCUUUUCCCUUCAUCAUCCCGUUUCUUUGACAAAAUCGAUGAAUUCAUACGAUCAUCAGAAUCUUUACCUCCAAAGUUUGAGGAUUUCAUGGACCAUGAUGUUCCAAAGAUCAUGCAACGUGUACCCUUUCUUGAUAGGUUUUUUCAUAAAGAUGAGAAGGAAAUCGUGAUUGAUAUCACGUGUCAUGGUUAUAGAAUCGAACCAGAAAACUCUUCCCAAGAAGACGAUGUUGUUGAUUCAUCAAAAACGACCUGCGAAUUUAGUUGCGAGUUUAGUGAGGAGGAGGAAAUGGUGGAGAAGUGGUCGGAAGAGAACGAUGAGGAUGAUCUGAAAAAAGAAAAGAAUAACAUGGAAGAUAGUAAUGGAGAUUUAUAUUCUGCAACAACGGAAAUUAAUAACGAAGAAAUUCUCAAGUCUGAAGAUCCAAUCUAUGAACUAUUUGAAGCAGGUUGGCACAUGUCGCCACGUGCCCUCUCGGGUACGUCGUCGAUAUUAAAGGACUAAUUUACCAUGUAAUGGAAAUCGUAAUCAUAAUGGUAGUUCUAAGAAAUUUUCGAAUUUCAUUUGUGUUAGUUUGUUUUAAUUUUUGAUUUUUCGUAAAAAUGAUGAGAUUUUGGUUGUAAUUUCGUUUAAAUGAUCUGAAUACUUUUCUAUAGUCAUGUUUAAAUUUUAACCAUAAUUAUAGAGUGUUAUGCAAAAAAAUCCUUAUU